AUGCCACCUGAUGAUUAUGUAAAUACAUUAGAACAAGCAUGGUCUAUUGCAGUACCUCAGAUGACGGCUCUUGAAAAUGUAAACACUGGAGAUUUUAAUGAUGGCAUUAAAUGUAAUAUUUUAAAAAGUAAAAUAGGAGGUAAGUUUGCUCCAGUACCAGCUAAUGAUCCCUUUAUUCAAGGUAAUCCUGCUAUAAAUAUACCUGAUAUAUUACGAGUAUAUUUAAAUGCUAAAUAUCAAAGAGAAACAGUAGGAAGUCAGCAAUCUGCAAUUCAAAAAUUGACUCAAGAAAAAUUUCAAAUAAAUGAUACUCCAGAUAUUUAUGAAACUAGAAUUCGGCCACUAGUAUUAGGAACAGCUAAUAAUGAUGAACAAGUAUUAGGAUUUCUUAAAAAUCAUUUACCGGGUAAGCUUUAUACAUGGAUGAAAAUUGCUAAUCCAACUGGUAUUGAUGAAUUUUUCACUGCAUUAAAGAAUAUGUGGCUAGAACGUACACCAAAUUUGAAUGAAGGUAAAGUUUAUCAACAAUCUUCCUAUAGCCCUAAAAUAAUAGAAGCUCCAGUAAUUUCGCAAUCACCCGAUACACAAAAAAUGAUUGAUGAGGCAUUAGCGAAACAAAAAUCCAAUUAUGAUAUUGAGAUAGAAAAAUUGCGAAAGGAAGUUCAAUCCUCAAAAGUGCAGAAAACACAGGCACUAGUUCCACAAACCGUUGAACCGGUUAGACAGCCAAGAGGCCCCCCAUCAAAUUUAAAAACAGAUAAAGAUUAUGAAGAUUAUUAUGUAGCGAAAUACUUUAACGAUUUAGGUAUAUAUAGUAAAGAAGAUUUAGAUUCACAUUAUCCUAAAAAACCUUUCCAAAGAACAAACCAAUCCGCUAAAAUGGAUAGAAUAGAAUCAAAAGUAGACGAAAUUGGACAAAUGACAUCUCAAUUUGGAAAAAUGAUACUCAAAAAUCAAUCCAAAAAACCAGUAGCCAAAUCAAAUCGAACACAAUGA